CUUUGGCCAACACCAGAAACUAGGGAGGUAAAAAAGUGAAAACUGUCAUGCCAAACACAUGUGAGGGGAUUAAUGAGUAAAUGAGUCAAAAAUAGCUCUUCACAAUGUUUAAUUAGGAGCUGCUUCUUCUGACUGCAUCACCUCCUGUUGCUGGGAGGGAAUGGGCAGAUAUUCCAACUGUAUUGGCACCUUUCUAAAGUAACAGCAGCACUGAGUCUGUAAGCGUGACUGGCUCUGCAAAUUGAGAGAGAUUUCUAGAGGAGUCUCUGGUGUUUUGAAAAUGUGUGACCAAAUUUCAGUGUAUGGAAGAAGAAAAACAUUUUGAGAAAAUUGUAAGUAAAAGCUGGGAAACUUAGUCUCUUGACAAAUACUUAACUACGCACAGUUAUUUUUUAGCUGUGUUACUGCUCUUCAGUAGUUCUGCUUGUGACUCAUUUCUUAGCAAAACAAACAGAUGUGACCACCUUGUGAUGGGUGUGAGAGAUCAAGGGGAGUGCUCCUUCUGCUCAGUCUUGCAGUGACUCAGGCCUGAAGCUUUUUCAAGACCAAAAGGGACAAAUGUGGUUGGGAAAUGCCUGUAAGAUUUGGAGUGGUUACCACUGUUCAUAUUUCUGUACAUCUGCCUGGCAUGAGCAGUAGCUUACUCUGUGUGAAUUCCAGCUUGAAUUACAUGAAAAGUGUAUGUCUAAACUGAGGGGGGAGAAAUGUGUAACUUUCAGAAGUGAUCUGCCUCAUACUUGCAGGGAAAAAACCCAUAAAUGUCAAGUGCCCUUUAGGGAAGGAAUUGGAAAAGUGUGGUGGCAAAGGACAAAAACAAAUUGGUUUGAAAAAGAAGCCUGACUCUGUUUGGACAGCGCCACAUCCUGCUGAUGUUGGGCAGUAGGAACAGGAAAACUAUUCCACGGAAUUCAAUUUGUUUGAGAUCAUUGUCACUCCUCUGCUGAAACCUCAUCAGUCUUGAAAUGCUCUAUAAAUAGGGAAGAGUUGUGAUCCUUUAGCUUUUAAAUUUCCUUUGCAUUACCAAAAAGGAGGAAAGUGAUGGAACUGGAACUACUGAUAACUAUUUAAGAACUACACUAUUGGCAUAUCUUCUUGGAACCUAGCUUUUAAAUAGAGGGAUAUAAUUCAAACCCUAAUUAUUUUUCAGUCUAAAUCUGAAAUGCUUGAGUGAAUUUCCAACUAGGAGGGUAUUUAAAAGGGUAUUUAAAUAUAUAUAUAUAUAGGGAAAUUAAUAAGCUAGUAAUUUAGACUUUGGUGGAUUAAUUAAAAGCCAUUGUUAACUGCUUUCUUGCAGUAUUUAGGUGGUGAAACAUUUCAGAGAAAACCAAUCCUAAAUGCACUGUGGCAAAAUAUAUACAACCAGCUCCGGGGGAACUGUUUUUUUAGCUGCUGCUCAGCAGCCUUGUGAUUUAGAAAAGGAGGGGUUUGGUUUUUAAGCCUGACAGUGAUUUCCUACACGUUACAUCUUUGUGGUUGCAUCUCACUUAAUGCCAUAACUUUUAACACUGCAGAAAUUUGGAGAAGGAAAAAGACUACAGCUGGAGACUUAGUAAUAACAGUUCAUAUUAAGUGUUCCUAAAAGACCAGUUGGGAAAAAAUAGGACUUUUUAAUAUGUAACAAGGCCUCUGAAAGAGUUCUGAUGGUUUAAUAUUUCUUUUCUCGAUUAACACUUUUCCUUGCAAGAAUCCACCUUGUGGUGAGAGGAAUGGGACGUUAAUUCUCAGCCCCAAAGCUUGCAGUUGGUAGCACCAAUGUGGAUUUGUGUAUCGUGCUACAUUAAAAUAGUAAGUCAAAGUCUUGAUUCAGAUUCCACAAAAAGUGGGAAUAAACAUAUCCAGUUCCAUUUACAAAACUAAACCAGAUUUUUGAGGGGUCAUUAGCAGUGACAACUGUCCCAAGAGAUCUGGAGACAUCCUUUCCUUAUGAUUAGGAGGUUUUUUACAUCAAUUCCUGGGCCUCUUCUGUGGGUACUUGUUACUUCCCAAGUUCCCUGUUAAAUAGGGAAAAACUGCUCUUCAGUGGCAUAUGGAAUUUAGAGAUGAACUGCAUUAACAUAGCUAAUUAAAAGCCAUCUGCCAUACCUUUUUUUCUUCCCUCGGGAAAAUCUUCAGAACACCAAGAAACUAAUUCAGUGUGAUGUUUUGAGGUAGCUCCAUCCCUUUAUGGUCAACACCCUUGGUCAUCACUGCCCUUCCAGCAGAGCAUGGCAAUAAUAAAUCCUAAUCCAAGUGAGCAAACAUGGAUCAAGGUGUGCUGGCCAAAGCUCCCUGCUCAGUGGAAUGGGUGGGUGCCCCUCUAUUCCCAAGUUUUUUGUUCUGGCUGGCACAUGGAAGGAGAUGGAGGCAGGUCUGGCCAGGUGUGUUCCCUGGCCAGUGUUACCAGGUGACAUCACAAGGGGCUGGGGCAGGAGAGGCUGGGGUGACAGGAUGGAACACGGGACUGAACACACGGGGCACUGCUCAUCUUUGCUCUACAGAGAUUGCUGCGGUUUUAGAGUUCUCUGCCCUGCCUCAGAAUAGAACAUCAGCCUCUAAAACAGAACAGCAACAUUGGUGAGCAGAUGUGGGUGGUCUAGAGUCUGUAUUCAGCAUCUCGACUGAUUGGGGAUGGGGACACUCUGGUCCAGGACAGACUUAUGCAGCCAGAAAACAAACAUACUAAAAUUCUCCUAACAUGAAUUAAGUAACAUUUUAUAGCAAAAAUCUGAAGAACCACCUGCUUCUAGUAGCAUCUGGACUGCAAGCUAUGGUUUUAGAAAAUAGGUGAGUACUGUAACCAAGGAAGUGAUGUAUAAUGUAAUAGGCACUCUUAAGCGUUUUGCCCUAAAGAUGGCUAUUCACAAGUGGUUUUUGAGUAAUUGUGUAUGGAGUAAAAGACUGAAUGGAAUUUUAGGAAUAACUCUUAACUCCUCAGGUGUUUAAAUAACACCUCAUACUGAUGUAUCUUACCAUAUUAGAGAGAGUGGGUAAGAUGAAGAGUCUUCACCACUAUAGUCCUGGUGAAAAUAAAUGUGAAUGUAAUUUUUAAAGAAGAAACGGUAGAUUUUAGAUUUCCACUGUUGUGGAAUUUUCUCAUAGUAGGUGGAAGGAUGGCAUGGAAAUGGAAGUAUUCCCCCAAGGACCAGCUGGAGGAUAUGAGCAGCCUGCACCCAGGGCUCACAGGGCUGCAGAACCUGGAGAACACGUGCUACAUGAAUGCAGUGCUGCAGUGCCUCUGCAGCCUGACCCCGUUCGUGCAGUAUUUCCUCUCGGGGAAGUGGAACGCAGCCCUGCACGAGGAGAUUGGAGAGUCUGCGAUUGCCUUUGGCUGUUUGGUGUCUGACAUGUGGCUUGGAGAGUUUGACUUUGUUUCCCCUGAGGCUUUUCAUUCUGUCUUUGGGAAGCGGUACCCAGCUUUUAGCAGGAGGACUCAGCAUGAUGCACAGGAGUUCCUCAUCUGUGUGCUGGAUGACCUCCAUGAGGCUUUCAAGCAGGUGAGAGCCCAGCUGUGGUGUUUUGGGAACUACAGCUGUUUCCUCUGUCUGCCAUGCCCCCAUGUCUUUCUCCCCUCCAGAGCCACUGAUAAAGAGCUUUUCAAGCAAUUAACGCUAUCAAAUCCAAGCCAAGAAAGACAGAGCUCUGCUGCAGGAGCAAGCACAAGGAGUAGCAGUGGCACAUCUAUUAUAACACACUUAUUUGAGGGACAGCUCAGUUAUGCCAUCAGGUGUCUGACAUGCAGAGCCCUCAGUGACAGACCCGAGAGCUUCACCAUCCUCUCCCUGCCCAUCCCUUCCACCAGAAUGUGCUCUCUGCAGGACUGCCUGGAAUGCUUUUUUCAGCCAGACACACUGACUCGGAACAACCAAAUCCACUGCUACUGGUGUGGAAGCAACCGAGAUGCCACAGUAAAGGCCUCUAUAACCAAGGCACCACAGAUCAUCAUCUUUCAUCUAAAGAGGUUUGCCUGGCAGGACAAGCACAGAAGGAAACUCUCAACCACUGUCUGCUAUCCAUUCAGCGAUCUGGAUCUCUCUCCCUACAUCUCCCCAUCAUGUCACAACAAUACAGAAUACAGCUUGUGUGCUGUAGUGAACCAUGCUGGAGAUCUGGAUUAUGGCCACUACACGGCCUUCUGCAAGCACUCAAUCACCAAACACUGGUACAGCUUUGAUGAUGCCCAGGUCACCAAGAUCCCAGACUCUGCAGUGCAGGCUGACACAGCUUACAUCCUCUUCUACACCUCCCAAGGCUUCUGACACCCUGUUAGUCUUGAAAAGGAACACUGGGUAGGGCAGCACCUAGAAUUCACCAGCAGCAGUAGCCAACUCCUAUUUCAUCAAUAAACUAGAGCAUGUGCACCAGUGAUCAGCUGUUGUGGUCUUUCAGGAAGUGAUUCCUAGAAAGGACAAUUGCAGCCCUAAGCUAUGAAGAAAUGUGCAUCUGCUCCAUGUGCACAAGGGCCAGGGUUGUUUUCCAUGACAACCUUCUUGCACCCUUCAAAACAACACAGAUGUUGAGCACACAGAUGCACUUACCUGGAACUUCUUGUUUUUCUGCUGGUUAAGUAUAGUAGGUUGUUCUAAGCUGCCUUUCAGGAACUAACAGAAGGAUACCAAAGUGAAAGCACACAACCAGACCAGAGUGUGCUACAGAAGAGAGGAUGGAGUGACCAUUAAUAUAGAAGAAAAAGGCAUUGCUCUACUGAUGUCAUUUUUGUUUCUCCAGCACUUGAAAUUUGUUUGCAGCUUGCAAGCUUCUGGAAAACAAUCAAUAUUGGUCUUAAUUCCAUCAGCAAGACAGACACAGACAGGUAAAAGCUCAGAAUGUUAAGACUUUUGAAUGCCAGCCUUAUCAGAAAAGGAAAACUAACCCUAAUCCAGAGCAGAGAAAUACGUAAGAUGCAACUAAAAGAAGUCU